AUGGGUCGUGUUCAAGAACGCAGCAUCAAGGAGAAGGCCAAGGCUCGCAAGAGCGGCCCAAGUGUCCUGCAGAAGACAAAGGACCUAGGCGUCCUGGCGAAUGUUUUCGCCGCCACAGUCCAUUGGGACCCGACACACCGAUGUCAUCGUGUCGCUGUCCAUCUUCCGGAGGGAGAAACAGUUCCAGAUAUAGCAGAUGCCUUAACAGGGUCAGCCUCUCAACAACCACAAAGACAGAGCCGCAGACUUCUCCAGUCCGCUCAAUCCAACCGCCGCAAGGAACGGCAACUGGCCUCGAGGCGGAACGCGAGGAGACGACCGCAGUACUCAUCGCAACCACCGUUCAGCACGCCAGCUGAUCCAUAUGUGUUUCCCGAUACAAGCGCAGAUGAGGCGGGGUCGGACAGCAGGAGCAGGACUGGUGGCUCUGCUCGGCACAAACGUGGCGUCUCGGGCUCAGUCGGCGCGGCCGAAGGGGAGGAGCCACGCGACCUGCAACAUGCGCCGGGACACAGCGCCGGCCGAGCACCGGCCCCGAUUCUCACUUCUGUCGAGCCUAGUGACCCGUGCCAAGGCCAUGAAUCCAUCGCAAUGAACAUGAAACCUGAAAACAGCAUGCCAUGGAUAGGAGACACCUCAUGGGACAGCUUCCUAGAUAAUAUGUUUACAGACGACCACACGCCAGGAAGAAGGCUGCACCAGCUCGUCCUGUUCCUGGACCGGAAUGGCGACGCCUUGUUCGAGAUUCACUGA